UCUCUGCUUCCAUUCAUCUAUAUAUAUAUAUAUUUCGUGUUGAUUCUUCUUAAUUAUCUGUUUCAAACUCCAUUGAUUCCUGUAAUUUCGAAAAGCCCUUUGAUUUUGAUUUCUAAAACCCUAAUUUCCGGCGAUGGAUUUGUUCCAGAAAGCGAAAGCCGUCCGCCUGAAGAGCGUUCACGACAAGUACUUGACGGCGGACGAAGACGAGGAGUCCGUCGUCCAGGAUCGGGAAGGAACCUCCAAAUCCGCCAUAUGGACCGUCGAAUUCGUGGAGAACGCCGACAACAUCAUUCGCCUCAAGAGCUGCUACGGCAAGUACCUGACGGCGUCAAACCAGCCGUUCCUCCUCGGGAUGACCGGCCGGAAAGUUCUGCAGACGCUCCCGAAGCGUCUAGACAGCUCCGUCGAGUGGGAGCCGGUCCGUCAAAACGGCGCCGUUAAGCUGAAGACGAGGUACGGGCAGUUCCUGCGGGCUAACGGCGGUUUGCCGCCGUGGAGGAACUCUGUUACUCACGAUAUUCCUCACCGGACGGCGACGCAGGAGUGGGUGUUGUGGGAGUUACACGUGGUGGACAUCGUCGUCGGGAAUCAAGCGCCGCCGCCGCCAACGGUGGCGGGGAGCAAUUCUCGAAAAUCUUUGAGCUUCAAUCGACAAGAGUCAAGAGAUUCCUACAUUAGCUCCCCACCGAAGAGCAACGAUGGAAGGUUGGUUUACUUCAAAAUCACCGACGAAAACGGCGAAAUCGACGACAGCUUCGGCGAGUUCUGCAUUACAUUCAAGGGCAGUGAAGUGGACAAGUUGAAGAGUUCUCUAGAAGAUGAAUUAGGCGUUGAGGGCAUUACCGUAUGCGCGCGAAGUCCGUUGGACGGGAGGCUCUAUCCUCUCCUUUUACAGCUUCCUCCGAAUAACGCGACAAUGCACGUCGUCGUGGCGCUGCCAUCAUCGCAAGUUAAUGAUGAUGUAAGGAAUUUGGGAGUCUUGCAAUAAUUUUGUUCGACAAACUGCAGAUGCCGAAUUGGCGUGAUGGAUAGGUUUGAUCGAUUUGUGAGUAAGGUAUUUGAAGGAGAUAUGCAUAAGCAUUUGUAGAUUAUGUAUUUAUAUAUUCAUAUGAUAGGAAGGUGCAACAUAUACACAUAAGUCAUGUAGUUUUCUUGUUUGGCUGUUGCAGAGUAUUGUAUUUUUUUUUUUCAAUUUUUUCAUAUAUGGAGUUUGAAGCAUACUGAUGAAUCGAUUACAUUGAUUGAAUAAAGUAUGGUUUGUGUUCA